UCCCGCUUUUGCUUGCGUUCGCUCACAGUGUGCCGUUCCGAACGUGAUGCUGUGCUGCAAAAAAGUGCCAGAAUCAGAAGAGGAUCAUGAAGUUGUUCCUGCUGGCCCCAUCAACGUCAGAGUCCUUUUUGAGAUGCCAUGGGACGCCCGCAACUGGCCAGGAGAUUGUGCGUUGGCAUUGCUUGUGAAGAAUGAGACUCAGGGCAAGACGUUCAAGACCGAAUGUGUCAAAUCGGAGAGAUGGGGCUAUCACGACAGAGCCUAUAUGAAUGACUAUGAGCCGAAUGAUGAGCUCAGUGUCUAUAUCUAUUUGCAGGAGAAGGGGGGCAUCGAAGAAGGAUAUGCCGAAAAGAUCGAUAUUCCCAUCGAGCAAUUCCAGGAGGCAUUGACGCCAGAGUUGAUGGGCGCUAAUGCUAAGAAGCGGGAUGUGAUGGUUGUAUGCACUGUAAAGAUUCGAUGGAGUGCUGAAUGGAUGAAAGAAAUCAGCACUUUUGCUCAACUGAUUGACAAGGGUGCUAAGUUGGAUGUUCCGGCUCGUCCCUGCUGAAGGAUUGAUGUCA